GUUCCAUCUCCUCUCCAACAGUGCCCUCUCUCUCUCUCCCCCCCUCACUGCCCAGCCAGUACUGUGAAGUCAGCUCCAGCCUCCAAGCAGAGAAAGAAAGCACCACCCACAAACACGUCGACGCACGCUCCUCCUUCUCCAUGUGCAUGCUGCAUGUGUAGGCGUGUGUGUAGUCGAUGGUGCUCGCGACUGUUGUCGCUGCCGCUGCACCUGCUCCUCGACCUCCAGUCUACCUAGCGCGCGCGCGCUCUCUCUCUCUCUCACACACACGAAUACACACAUCUUUCUCUGUCUAUAUAUACACGCGCCUGCCCUUUCACCUUUUAAUCUCCCCCGUCUUUUCCUUUCCUUUCCACCCCUUGCAUGCCCUAAUUUCUCGCUGCCUCUUGUCCCCCACCUCCCACUCUUCUAUACAUACACGCACGCUCACUGAGCCGGGGAAAAGAAUCUGAAGGAAGCCAAGAGCAGAGCAAGGAUGGUGUAGCGGUGCGGGUGCCUCUGUGCGGUUUAGUGAUGGUCCCAGUGUCAACAACAUUACAUUGAUUUGGUUUUGCUUCCCCCCGCACAUUCUCCUACUUUGUUUUUUCCAUGAGAGCGCAUUAUGAGGUGUGGUCGUGAGGGAUGUGCGAUGGCCUGUGCAGAUGAAGGAGCGACAGCGGUGGCGGCCUGAGGAAGACGCCGUCCUGCGCGCGUACGUCCGGCAGUAUGGCCCGCGCGACUGGCACCUGGUGUCGCAGCGUAUGAACGUGGCCCUCGAUCGCGACGCCAAGUCGUGCCUCGAGCGCUGGAAGAACUACCUCCGCCCCGGGAUCAAGAAGGGCUCGCUCACCGAGGAGGAGCAGCGCCUCGUGAUCCGCCUGCAGGCCAAGCACGGCAACAAGUGGAAGAAGAUCGCCGCCGAGGUGCCCGGGCGCACGGCAAAGCGGCUCGGCAAGUGGUGGGAGGUGUUCAAGGAGAAGCAGCAGCGGGAGCUCAGGGACAGCCGCCGCCCGCCGCCGGAGCCCAGCCCUGACGAGCGGGGCAGGUACGAGUGGCUGCUCGAGAACUUCGCGGAGAAGCUUGUCGGCGAGAGGCAGGCUGCCGCGCCACCGUCGCUCAUGGCCGCGCCCGUGCUACCGGCCUGGCUGUCGUCCAACGCCGGGCCCGUCGGCGUGCCGCCGCCGACACCGCCGUCACCGUCCGUGACGCUCAGCCUCGCGUCUGCCGCGGCACCCCCUGCUGCCCCGCACGCCGCGGCGCCGUGGAUGCAGACGGGGCAGGCCGCCGGAGCGGCGCCGUCGGUGUCGGGCAUGGCAGUGGACGGGCAGGCGCUGGCGGAGCUCGCCGAGUGCUGCCGGGAGCUGGAAGAGGGGCAGCGCGCGUGGGCGGCGCACCGGCGGGAGGCGGCGUGGCGGCUGAAGCGCGUGGAGCAGCAGCUGGAGAUGGAGCGCGAGUGCCGGCGGCGCGCGGUCUGGGACGAGUUCGAGGCCAAGAUGCGCGCCAUGCGGGAGGAGCAGGCGGCCGCAGCGGAGCGCCUGGAAAGGGAGCACCGGGAGAAGGUCGCCGCGCUGCGCCGCGACGCCGAGCUCAAGGAGGAGAAGAUGGCCGAGCAGUGGGCCGCUAAGCAUGCCCGCCUCGCCAAGUUUCUCGAGCAGGUGGGCUGCUCGCGCCGCUGGUCCUCCGGCGAGAUGAACGGCCGCUGACCGCCUCCGACCAGCCGCUGCGGACGCCACCACUAUCGCUGGUCAUCCUUCUCCGUUGACAGACACUUUCUUGCCUUCCUGGACGUGACAUGUAAAACCAACAUCAGACGCCAACGCCACGAAUCCCUUGCUCGUUCGCUUCACUUUUCUUUUGUUGUUUUUCUUCACAACUGUUGUUAAUGUUCACCGCUUCACUCUCUAGUUGAUCAGAAAAUUCAGAAAUGUAAUCGUGCUGCCACUAGUGCCUUAGUUUCUUCUCUCUAAGCUUA